AUGUUGCCCACUAUCCGUCGAACUCGACUGUGGUUUAUGACAUUGUUCCAGUCAUUACAAGCCAACACUAUGGCUUUCCUCGAUACUCUUCGGGCAGGGCCCUGGACCAAACACAACUACCAGCUUCUUGAGGGAGCUCGAGAGAAAUCAUACUAUUACUUUGCCCACAGGACAAAGAGGACGAGGACUUGGACCAUGGCUUUUUCGGCAGCGACAGUGAUGUUCUUCUUUUGGUGUUUCCCGUUACUCCCAGCAAACUUCAAACGCAUGCCCAACGAGCGCUUGUGCGAUCAUCCCAUCUCCAUACUUGCGUCCAUUGCCUCCCAAGAAUUCAAUAAGACUUUGGCGGUCCAGUCCAAAUCAUUCGAACAGGCAGUUACAGAAUACCGUCGACGAUAUAACAUGCCGCCGCCUCCCCACUUCGAUAAGUGGUACGAGUUUGCAAAGCAGCGGAACACGAUGUUGAUUGACGAGUACGACACAAUAUACCAUUCUUUACUCCCUUUCUGGGGACUUUCCCCGAGUACAAUUCGGUCGCGUGUGAGAGAGGACCUAGGCUUCGACAACAUGGUCAUGGGUAUAUCUAUACGGAAUGGCGAGCCCAUUCAUCUAGGCAAUGGCCAGGGAGAUUUCCAACGGAGGGCGACGAUGAAGCAGUUUCACAAAUUUGCUCAAUGGCUGCCUGAUAUGGAUCUCGAAUUCAACGUCCACGAUGAGCCGCGGGUCGUUGUUCCUCACGAGGAGUUACACAGACUGGUAACAAAAGGGUAUAAAGCUCAGGCGUGCUUGAACGGCAAUUCGUUAUCAAAUUAUUCCUCGGGAAAUAAUAUCUCUACGGAACCAAUCCCAGAAGUCUUCACAAGUAGGUUUCUCAAUCUUGCACGUCAAGAAACCUGGCUUUAUUCUCGACUAUCAUGCCCACCCCACAGCCCAGCUAUGGACCUCGAUGGUAAUGCCCCAGACAAUACUAGAGCCUUCGCCAUCGAACCUUUAGGAUUCGUGUUCAACCAAUCCGCGGCUAGCGAUAUUUGCAAUAGUCCCUCGCUGCAGCAUAGCCUUGGAAUCUUUGAGCGGCCCAAUGCCCUCAAGCUCACCAACGAGCUAGUCCCUAUGUUCUCAAUGUCACACCUAUCCUCGUUUCAAGAUAUCCCAGUCCCCUCACCAUGGUAUUAUGAGGGAGUUGGAGGCUAUAGGCCAGAAACCGAUAUCCCAUGGGAAUCAAGGAGAGGGCAAAUCUACUGGCGAGGGACCACUAGCGGCGGAUCCAGUCAAAAUGGGUCCUGGCACAAUCUACAGCGCCAACGAGUGGUUGCAUUACUAGAACGGAAGCAGGAGCAUGAUAUCCUGGAACGCAAGGCAGAGUCCACUUGUAGCAUCGGUGGCGAGGAAGGCUGGAAAGUUCGCAAGGCAAAUCAAACAGAGCUCAGCGGAUAUUUCAACGCCCAUUUUGUUGAUAUUACCGGCUGUGAGGGACAAGACUGUUACGAAGAGAGGAGGUUUUUUGAUGUCCUGGAUCGAGAAGACGAGAACGAGGCGUGGAAAUACCGCUACUUACUGGAUAUGGAUGGUCACGCUUACAGCGGGCGAUUCUAUGCCUUCAUGCGUAGCAAGAGCGUUCCACUCAAGCUGACCUUUUUCCGAGAAUGGCACGAGAACGUGCUCAUUCCAUGGCUUCACUACGUCCCGCUCAACAAGGAUACCACCGAAAUCGCUGAGAUCGUGCGCUUCUUCGAGCAGGAUCCUGCUGGACAGGAGAUUGCUCGAACUAUUGGCGAGGAAGGGCAGUCGUGGGCUGCUAAAACACUUCGGAAUGAUGAUAUGGAUGUCUAUAUGUUCCGGCUUAUGUUGGAAUAUGCCCGUGUACAAGACGAUCGACGAGAGAAUUUGGGCUUCAUUUCCCCGGGUCCAUUGUCCGGGAGCUUGCCGUAG